AUGAAGUACGGCGAGCUCGAGAUCCUUAUCAAAGAACUAAAUCACAGCAUAGCUGAAAAAACUGAAGACGAGCAAAGGCUUUUCGAUAGAAUCCAGUAUAUAAUCAAUGCGUCGAAAACAAACACGAGAAGUGAAUACUUGGCGAGAUUUAAAAUGUUGAGAAGCUUCAUCCAAAAUUGUAGUAAUAGUAAAAACGAUAAUAAUACUGUUAGAAAUAUAAAAUUCUUUGCCAAGACAUUGAAGAACAUAACGGUUCAAACAGAAUGCGGCUUUGAAGAAAUCUUUAAAUUGUUGCGGUUAAUUCUCCAUAGCAUCGAAUUAAGAAUUGCGGAUGACGAUUCUAAUAAAAUGCGCAGUAUAAUUUUUGAAGCUUUUUCCAUUAUUAAAUUCGAAAGAAGCAAUAUUAAUUGGAUUGAAGGUCUGCAAACGAAAUUAACCGACAAAGCUUCUUUUAUUUCUGUGGAUAAACGAAUGGAAGAUUGGAACAUUAGAAAAGAAAAGUAUAAUAAUGAGCUUGAGCUGAAACUAUCUGAAUUAGAAAAUAUCCUAACCGAUAAUAAAUUAAUUAGCAAUUUAAAUGAAAAUCUGUCUUUCUAUAAGAGCAAUAAAAAAUUGCAAUCAGUGAUCGAAAUGCUUGUUUUAGAUAUAAUAUCAAUCCUAGACAGCUCGACGGAUUGCCUAGAAAACAAUUCAUUCUUUUUAGACGAUAACUCUCCUUCGUUAACUGGAAAAUGCUUGCGGAAUCAUUUGGCACACGACAAUACUUUAACCAAUAUAUUGUCAUCAGAUCCCUCGUUAAAUGUUCUUUUGAAUGCUAAGAAGCUUGUCUCAGAGAAUAUGUUGAAAAAUAGAGAAAAGCUUGGCAAAUCUAAGAAAGUUGAUUUUAUGAACGUGACACAUAAGUACAAUCAAAGCCUUACCACUAUUGACAAUCAACAGAAAAUGUUUGCAGCAUUAGAAAAGGGAGAUUUCGAGGACUUAAAGAGUUGCCUUCGAAAAGGAGCCGAAAUACACGCCAGAAAUACUAAUUUAUGGACCGCAUUACAUUUUGCUGCCAAAGGACCGAAUCUCGAAAUCGUGAAAUUUCUUCUCAAUCACGAUUUAAAAAUCAACGUUAAAAAUGCCGAUGGUCAGAGUCCGUUACACGUUGCCGCUGCAAACGGAAGGACAAAUAUUGUAAAAUAUUUUGUAGAAGAGCGGGAUUUCGAUAUCAACGAUACGGAUGAUUAUGGAAAAACGCCGUUGCAUGUUGCGACACAAAGUAAUCACAAAGAUAUUGUCAAGGUAUUGUUAAAAAAUGGAAGUAAAAUCAACUUGCAAGACACAGCUUCUUAUAUGCCUUUACAUUACGCAGUAAUGAAUAACUGUAUCGAUAUGGUUAAGAUUUUGAUGGUGCAACCUGCAGAUUUUAACAUUAUCGAGACAACGGAUGAUUACACUGUAUUGCAUUUAGCCGCGGAAUUGGGUUAUUUGGAGUUAGUUAACCUGUUCCUUGCAGAAAAUAAAGCAAACGUUUCAGCUAGAGACAAACUUAAUGUCACACCGUUACAUUUGGCAGCGCUUAACGGUCACCUGGAAGUAGUAUGUACUUUAAUUUUGAACGGAGCAAUCGUCAAUGCCAGAAAUAUACACGGUUGCACACCAUUGCAUUGUUCUAUCAAAAAUGGUCAUGAGGCGAUAGCGAGAGUCUUGUUGAUAUGCGGAGCCGAUGCCAAUGCCAGUGAUACAAUCUAUAACAAUACACCUUUGCAUUACGCUGCAAUGAAUGGAUAUAAAGAAAUAGUUCUGAAUUUGCUGGAACAUGGAGCUAAUACCAACAUUACGACAAUUACAGGUAUAACUCCAAUGCAUCUUGCAGCCCAGCGUGGUCACUUGGAGGUAGUUAAUAUCCUUAUUGAUCAUGGUGUCGACAUCCACGCUAAAGACGAAGAGAACGCUACAGCACUAUACCAUGCAGCAAUCAGAGGUCAUAAGGAGAUAGUCAAGUUCUUACUAAGAAGUAAAGCAGAUCUUAACGUUAGGACCGUUAAUGGUUUAACACCAUUGCACGCUGCUGUUAGCAAUAAUCAAAAGGAAGUUGCUGAUUUCUUAAUAGAAAAUAAGGCUAAAGUAAAUGCAACAGACAAGUAUGGCAGGACACCGCUACACACUGCUGCCGCUUCAUCUCGUAACAAAGACGUUAUCGAGUUAUUGACAAGAAACAAAGCUGUAAUCAAUGCUAAAGACAAGAAUGGUAUGACUCCGUUACAUAUGGCUGCUCAUAAUGGUUGCAUAGACAAUGCUCUUCGACUCAUCGAAAAUGGAGCUAAUGUAAAUGCUAAAAUUACUGGUAACGUGACACCAUUGCAUAUAGCAGUUCAGGAAGGGCAUAAAGAUCUUGCUGCGCUUCUAGUAACAUAUAAUGCUGACUUGAAUAUGAGAUAUUUCGGAUGCACAUCGUUGGAUUUAGCGAUUUGUAAUGGUCACAAGGAAAUCGUUGAAAAUUUACUCGCAAAUGGAGCCGUAAUUAAUAAUAACACUAGGAAUUCUACACCUUUUCUUACUGCUGUUAAAUGCAAUCAGAAGGAAAUCGUCGAACUACUCAUACCAAAGGGAACGAAUGUUCGCUCACAGGGUAGUGAAGCUUUGGCAACUGCAGUUGUUAACGGUUACAGGGAAAUUGUAGAAAUUUUACUCAGAAACGAAGUUCCAGUUAAUACAAAGUAUGAUGAUUCUAUAUUAUUACACUUGGUUACUACAGGAAGUCAAAAAGAGAUAGUAAAUGGAUUGAUAUCACAAGCAGCUAACGUUAAUGCUGAUGGAAAGUUUAGUAUGACACCUUUGCAUCUCGCGGCAUACGAAGGAUAUGAUGGAAUCGUCGAAACCUUGAUAAGAAGAGGAGCACGAAUCAAUGCUAAGUCUAUACAUGGUACGCCUCUGCAUUUGGCAGCAGCCAAUGGUCACUGUAAUAUCGUGCAAUUUUUACUGGAUCAAAAAGCAAGAAUCGACGUUAAAGAUGGAAAGAAUAGAACAGCUUUAGAAUUAGCGGUAGCGUACGGUCGUUUAGAAGUGGUUAAGAUAUUGUUGCUGCCCAAGAAAGUAGACGUGAAUACCAAAUACAACUGCUCGACGUUACUACACAUGUCUUCGCAGGAACUGAACUUGGAAAUGAUGUCAGUGGCUAGACCCGUAACAACAUUCUCAAUAUUCUCGCCACUGCCCAGUUCCAAACCAAUUUUGUCAUGUGUGUCUAACCAGACGCCGAUAGUGUCUGACAACUCUCAACAAUUGAAAAAUGAACUGGCCUCGAAACAAGUGAUAAUAAUGCAAUUAAACGCAAAGGCGGAUGUAUUGUCGCAAAAAACUAAGGAGAAAAAUAUAACAAUCGAGGAGCUAUUAACAGAAAAUGAAUGUCACGCAGAUUAUAAAGAACUCGAAAAAGAAAAUGCACAACCGAAGAAGAGAAAUGAGACAUUAGGCAAAGAAAAUAAGCAAUGGGAGAAAAGAUAUUUCGAUUUGGAGAAAGAAUAUCUAGUGUUGACGAAAGAGAAUCAGUGGUUAGAGAAAGAAAAUCAGUCGUUGAAGACAGAAAAUCAAAAGUUGCUGAAAGAAUUUGAACGGACAGAGAAGAAAUUGGACAAAAAGGAAGAACGAUUGGAAAUAUUGGAGGACAGAUUGCUGGAAUUAUGCACCAAAAAUGUAACAUCAGAAAACAUCGCUU